AGCAUUAAAUGACAAUGCUAAUGGUUCACUUUUAAUAUAUAUAUCGCAAUGUGUUAGUUUUCAAAAAAAAAAACGCCAUGUGUUGAGACGCUAUAAAGGACGGAAACCAUUCACCAACGUUUAGAAAGAUAUUUUUUUGUGAUAAUUAAUUCACCAACUUUCCUCCCGUUGUAUAUUCAUAAUAAACCCACGUGCGUUUCUCAAAAGACAACGCUAAGAAAAUGAAAAGUAACAUGUGUUUGUUUAAAUGUAUAUAAAUUUUCAGUAUAAAUGGGUCACUCCAUCACUUACUUUCUCACCAGGAAAGCAAAAAAACCCUUAAGCAAAGAAAACCAACUUGGUCUCCUAGAAUAAAGAAAACUCCAACGGAAAGAAGAAUGGGUUCAGACAGUACUCCUCAACUUCCAGUCAUCUAUCUCUCGGACCAAACCCUAAAACCAGGAAGUGAGAAGUGGGUUGAAGUGAGGAGUGAUGUCCGUAAAGCUCUUGAAGACUACGGCGCUUUCGAGGUGUCAUAUGAUAGAGUGUCAGAGGAGCUUAAGGAAUCGGUUUUGGAAACCAUGAAAGAGCUUUUCCAGCUACCUGUUGAGGCCAAAAGAAGAAACGUGUCUCCCAAACCCUACACUGGAUAUAUGACUCAUAAUGGUGUUUCCGAGAGUCUGGGGAUCCAGGAUGCCAAUGUUUUGGAGAAAGUUAACGAAUUUACUCAACUGCUACGCCCUGAUUGUGAGGGUAACAAGAGUACCAGCGAAAGGAUACAUAAGUUUUCAGAGAAGUUAGCAGAAUUGGAUGUAAUGGUGAGAAGAAUGGUAUUUGAGAGCUUUGGGAUAGAGGAUUACUUUGAUGAGAACCUCAAGUCAAUGAAUUACCGUCUACGACUGAUGAAGUAUACAGCACCACGUGAUGUUGAUACUAAUGUUGCGGCAGGUGCUAAUGAUGCUGGUGAUGGUGCUAAUACGAAUAACAAUGGUAAUACUGGUGCGGAUGCUGGUGCUGGCGAUUCAGCCAGUACUGGUGACAAUGACAAGGUUGUUGCUAGUGAUGAUGCUAAUGCUGGUGCUGAUACUAAUGAUAUUGUUGUUGGUAUUGCUAACGUUCAUAUUGAUGAUGAUGCUAAUGAUGUUGCUAAAGCUAAUGGCGACGUUGGUGCUGGUGUUGAUGCUAAUACUAAUGAUUGUGCUAGUGUUAAGUCUAACGCCGACGUUGAUAAUGUUAAUGCUAAUGCCAGUGUUGGUACGAAUGGUGAUGGUGAUACUAAUGCUAAUGUUGGCGCUCAUCUUGAGGAGAAGAAAUUAGGCUUACCUUCUCAUACUGAUAAAAACCUUUUGACAGUACUUUAUCAACAUGAGAUUGAAGGUUUGGAGGUGUUAACCAAAGAUGAAAAGUGGAUCAGAUUGAAACCAUCUCAUAACUCUUUCGUUGUUAUCGCUGGAGAUUCUCUAUAUGUAAGGUCUAAUGAUGAUCAGACCUGGCCUCGACAUCGUCGUGGUCGUGGUGGUACGGGGAGCCAGUCUCGGGAUUCCAGCCAUUUUCAGGAUUCCUCUUCGCCUCACAACUCCUACCAUACAUCUCCCUCUCCCAGUCGUGACCAUCUUCCCUAUCUCACUCCGUAUUCACAUGGAUGGGGUCAAACAUGGUAA